GCAGCUGCUGCCGCGCUGUGAGGCUCUUAUCAUCCUCCUGCAGCUCUGUGACUUGAUUCAUUCAAUCAAGGAUUAAUUGAUCGACGUCUCCAUUCCCUCAGCGGGAAAGCUUAUUUUGGACAACACCAUAGCAUUUUGGAGGUCUAUUUGGCACCCGCAAAAAGCGCGUCAGCGGUUGACAGUCGAGGUCAGCACUAGAAAAUCCGCAAGUCGUCACCGUUAUGCGUGAAUUAAAUUUCCACCUGUGCAGGAUGAGGGUUACCUUUGCCUCUGUGGUGAUCACAGCCGGCAUCUGCGGACUUCUGAGCUUCGCUUUUUUGGCGACUUCCCUCGGCACAGAUUAUUGGUACAUCAUAAAGAACACCAGCGACACUGAGGGCAUGAGCUCCCACUCGGGACUGUGGAGCACCAACGAAGGUGGGAAGCUGCUCGCAGACUCUAUUGACUCCUUCACUGCUGACUACUCCAGGUACUCUGAGGUUGAGCGGCACUUGCUGAGCCUGCACAGUGCUAUAGUGGUGUGUCUUCCCGUCAGCCUGGUCCUGUUGCUGAUUGGUGGCAUCUGUGGAUUGGUCAGCUCCCUGGCUCGGAGCCCCUUCCUCCUCACCGGCACAGCCUCCUACUUCUUCAUCUGCAGUCUGCUGACUCUGUGUGGCGUAACCCUCUACAUCAUCUACUCGCACCAGGCCCUGGUUGAGGUGGAGAGGCUGGUGGGGCAGGAAGGUCUGGCCUAUAUUCACACCUCCUUCGGCUGGUCUCUGGGUCUGGCCUGGCUCUCCUACAGCCUGGAGCUCCUCACUGGUGUUCUACUGCUCGUGGCUGCGCGGAUGACCAAGCGGCAUCACAGCAAACCCACCAUGACCUAACGCAAGCCUUUCACAGUGGAUCCAACACACUCAGGAGGGAGGACUGGACUGAAAUGAACUGCAUGUGAGGCCGCCGUGUAGCCCUGCCUCAGAACAAGGUAACAAACAAUAGCUGGACUCUAUUCAUGCUUUACAAAAUACAAACGAAAGAUAUGUCAUACCUUUUAUGUCCUUAAAUCUGCCUCAGAUGGGAGAUUUGGUGAUUUACAGUAAGUGAAUAGAAGUGGUGGAGUGCUCUGGGUUAGAUUUGACCAUUUUUGCCCUCUUGUGGUCAGACUUCAAGUGUCUUCUAAUACCCUGAUGAUACUUAUUAUUGUCAUACGGAAAUUUAAUCAGUGCCAAACUAAACUGUCAAGCUCACAACAUAAAAUAAUGUCGUGUGUAAUGUAAUGUUGUUUUUAUUUACACAUUUCAUAUCAUCCAUGUGUUUACAGUGUUAUAACAGUAUGAGUCACUAUUGA